AUGUUUCGCAGGCUGGCGGUGCAGGCAAGAAAAAGCCAGACUGGUCCAAGGGCAAGCCAGGAGAUCAGAAGGAAGGAGAAUCAACGCCUGCCACGCCUGCACCAGCUCCGGCAGCACCCCCAGCAGAAGCUGCUGCGUAACUUUAAAAUCAAGGUCCAGAGUAACCCUUUAAGCACGGUAAUGAAGAUUAUAUCGACUCUUGGUUCACCAAAUAGGCUUGUGAUAAAGACCGUGCGAGGGAUUAAUGUAAAUAGUACGAACAUGUUCAUGGUCUAA